AUGGCUGAACCUCCUCAGCCCACAGACUCCAAGUCGCAAGCAACCUCUUCCAUACCAGGCUCGUCAGGUCAAAAGCCUCCCGAAGCAGUGAUCGAAGAGGAUUCAGAUCCAGACUUUGACGACCUCGACGAUGUCCUUGACCAGUUCUCCGCAGCUACCACCCAACAACAGUCAAAAUCUCAGCCUUCAGAACCCGCACCUUUAUCCUCCGGCCCGGGCAGACCGUCCACUGAGAAAUCAGCCCUCCCACCAGACCUGCCCAUCCCCUCUGGUCCUCAUGACUCGGAAACGGAGGAUGAAUUCGUGGCCCGGCUCACGGCUGAAAUGUCCGACGUCAUGUCCAAGAUGUCGCUCGACCCAGCGGCCAGCGCCGCAACACCGGAGGAUAUCUCAAAGAUGGGGCGAGAACUGGAGGAGUUCACGCAGAAAAUGGAGGCCGAGGGAGUGAAACCGGAGGACCUCCUGAAGGCCAUCUUAGGGGAGGACAUCGGCGGGCAAGUCGGUAAUAUGGCGCACGCCGAAGCAUCGAGGAGGGAGAGCGAGUCCGGGUCCAAGUCCAAAUCCAAGUCGCGGAGCCCCGAGGCACCACGAGCACCAGCAGCACCAUCCUCACCGUCGGCGACGGCUUCAACGAAACAACCAUCCACAUCAUUCGAGGACACGAUCCGCAAGACGAUGGCGCGGAUGGAGUCGUCCUCGGCGGCGGCAACUUCGGCGACGGCGAACUCGUCGCAGCAGAAAUCGGAAGAAGACAUGCUGGCCGAGAUGCUGCGGGCGCUGGAGUCCGAGUCCGGCUCGCAGUCGGACAGCGAACUGUCCAAGAUGUUUUUGGGGAUGAUGGAGCAGCUGACCAACAAGGACAUGCUGUACGAGCCCAUGAAGGAGCUCUCGCAGAAGUUCCCCGACUAUCUGCAGUCGAACCAGCCGCCUCGACUCGCGCAGGCCGAACACGCACGCUUCUCGCGCCAGAGUGUCAUCGUGCGCGACAUCGUCGCCAAAUUCGAGGAGGCGACGUACAGCGACGACGAUCCCCAGUGUCGUGAGUUCAUCUGGGAGAAGAUGCAGGAGAUGCAGAACGAAGGCGCACCCCCUGAUGACCUGGUCUCCAAUCCUCUCCCGGGUUUGGGUGGCCUAAUGGGAGGUGAGGGUGCCGAGGGCCUCGACGACGGGUGUCCGACGCAGUGA